AUGGCAGCAGCAACCCUUCCGCUCUCGCGCAGCGUGCGCGUUCCUCUCUCGAGCCGACAAGACACCAACGAGUCCAAUCGCAUCCCAGACGAAUGGGGUCCUUCGUCCGUGCCUCCACCGCCUCAAUCCAACAUUCCUUGGGACGACCAAGUGGUCCCCGCUCUGCGCAAGAAGCUCGAAGCUGAAUCCAAGGACCUCACCAAACGCAUCAGUCGCAUCGAGGACAGCGAUCUCGGGUGGACACGUUCGCGAGCCGAUCCCAACGAUCGUCGCGAUCCUCGUGCUGCUCAAGAACGCAGAAUGUCGCGCGAAGUCGUCCACCACCACCACCAGCGCGAGUCUUCGAUCGAUCAGUAUCACAAUCGCUUUGUGUCAGUGCGAGCGCCGUCAAGACAGCGGUCGGGAGAUGUCGUGUCGACCAGCUUUCCUUUUGACGUGUCCGAGUCGCAAGGCGGCGGUAGUGCGGGGGGACACUCUGUGCCGUCCAAUGAUGCGACAGCAAAGGCGAGGGAAAAGGCCAGGCAGAUUGCAGCGCGCAAGAAAGCGAACCAGCUACAACAGCAGAAUCAGGCAACCAGAGACUCGCUCAUGUUGUCCACUGACACAACAGCAUAUGGGUCGAGACAAGAGGUCGAAAGCAGUACCGACGCUGUACCUGAAGGCGAGGCUGUGGCUGUGGCUGGUGGUCCGGCACCGAGCUUAACCUCGUUUGAAAGAACGAGGCUGCGCACACAGUCAACUCCCAUGCGACCGAGCUUGGACGCCAUCGAUCCAGAUUACGCUGCUAUCACCGCCGCUUCUAGACGCGCUCAGAAUCAGUCAGCCCUCGAUGCAACGCAGUCCACUCCGUCGAAUGGUAGUACCUCGAGAAAUGCGAACGCAAACGGCCAUCAGCGCAGCGAUUCCCUUUCGCGUCGCAAAGCGGCUGCCGCCGCCGCUGCAAUGGAUCCCAAACUGAUGGAAGAGUUUGGACCUUUGGGCGCCACGCCCUCGCCAACAGCCAAGCUCUUGAGGGCGCACCAAGACAUGGAUCCCUCGUCGCCGUUGUCGACAUCGUCCCCUAGCAUGCGCAAGCGCAACAUUCAACCCGACGCAUUCCGCUCUCUCUCAAAGUCCGACCAGUCUCGCUAUCUACGCGAAUCUUCUGCUCCUCCCGCGUUUGGUGAAUUCGGAGAGACCUCUGCCAACGAAUUUGGCGGUUCUCCCGGCAGCAAGAGCGUUAACAGCUGGGAAGAUGAGAUCAUUCCGACGGUGGCGCGCAAGUUGCAGCAGGAACAGUUCUUGAGGGCGGGCAAGGAGGGGAGGCUUAGUCGUUACGAAGGGCUGAUCGAUACGUGGGACAAGAAUGGCUUGCCGCUCAGUCGAAGCGACGUGAUUGCGAUGCAGAGGGCCAAGAAGCUGCAAGACGAGCAGGACGCGCAGCAAAAGAAGAUGGUGGAAGAGGACGAAGACGACGGACAGACAUUGACGUCCGGUCCAGCAGCACCAGCAUUACACCCUGAAAGCAGCAAUCUCAGCCCGAGGGAUGCCGAAGCUAUUAGCGAAAGAUCUCGAUCGAGAGCCAGCAGUCGUCGCAGCCAGCUCUCUACACGGUCGUAUCAGCAGCACGGACAGCAAGAGGCAGUCGAAAGCGUUCCGAUGAAGACAUUUGAUCGACCUCCUGAAGCGUUGCAGGCUGCCUCGCACCCUUCUUUCGCGGCAGAUUCCCGCGCAGCAACGGCAUCAGCAGCAGUCGGAGUGACGAGGAAGGAAGCUAGCGCCAGGCAUCGCGGCGAUGACGACGUGGAAAAGAGCGGCUGCUGUUGCAUCGUUAUGUAG